UUAAGAAAAAAUGGAUGUAGAAAAACUUACUUCAAGUGAGCUAUGCAUUGAGAUAUAUUCCAGUGAAUCAGAUACAGAUAUAAAUAAUGAUGAUUCUGGUAGUAAUUCUGAUUUUUGUGAUAAAGUUUCUAUAAUUGAUAUAGAAGUUUUGGAGGAAAAUAACAAUGACCCCAAUAAUAAUUCAGAUUCUAUUCAAAGUUUUCAAAAACAGGAGAAGUUAAUUUUAUCAUCAUCAGACAAUAUGUGUAAAGCAGAACCUGUAAAAUCCUUAAAUAGCCAAAUAUUAGAUUGUAGUAAUAAUUUAAACCAUACUAAUAAUGCUGAGUUAGAUGUUCUGAAUGCAAAAUUGAAGGAAGAAGCUCAUCAGAUAUGUACAAUUUUACCUACAUUUAAGUAUGAAUCUGUGUAUGCAAAGUUGUACGAAAAUCGUUAUGCAGAAAAUCGUGUAGAGCUUAGUCUCUGGGAUUUAUUACCACAGAAAAGGCCAAUGGUAAAGUUUCCUUUCAAAAGAAAAUUGACAGAUGAUACUUCUCAAUGUGAGGAGAUAUUUCAAAAUGAUUUGCCUAGGCAACGAAAGAAUGUUAAGCAAAAUAAAAAGGAAAUUAACUGCACUAAACAAUCAAAUGAAAAAAGGAAUUCAUGUGAUGAAGAUGUUAUAAUACUAGAUGACAAUUUAGCAAAUGAUUCAUUAAUUGUACAAGAUACAUCAAAUGUUAUAAAUACUGAAGGUAAAGAGACUAUAUCACAAACACAGUAUAAAAAUAAUAGACUGUUAAAAAACACAAUACAAUGUAAUAAAGUUGCUCAAAAUAGUCAAAAUAGAAUAUUACGUCCAGCGAAAUUAAUAGUUAAUGAUAACCCAUCAUGUGUAGAAAAUGUGUUUAUGCCAAACUCAACAAAUAACUAUAGAGAACAAAUGUUACAUAAUUAUCUGCAAUAUUUGGAUUUCAUGAAAAGCAUUAAGAAACAGAAAUUAUCUGGAACAGUUGAACAUUUAGAUUUUUAUGCACGAACUGAAAUAAGAAAUAUGUUUCUAAAUCCACCAUGCAAAAAUUUUAAUAAAAAAAGUUUACCAUAUGCAAAUACAAAAAAAAUUUUAAAAAUGUCAAAUGUUGAAGUUAAUUGCAAUAGCAAAAUAAUAAAUAAUUUAAAUGAUGAAAAAACUGGCGCAAUAAGUUAUGCUGAUUCAUUAUUUAAUAAAUUGGAUACUAAAACUACAAUAAAUUCGCAAAUUCCUUCGCAAAAUACACCAUCUUAUACACCACAAUGCUCUAGUGUCACAUUACCUGGUACUACACCAGAAGAUUUACCAAUUCCAGCAACAAAAUCACAAAAUGUAUAUCAAAAUGCAUCAACUAGUGCAAUAUUAGGGUGUUCUAAUAUUGUAUUACCUUGCCCUGUUGAAAUAACACCAGAAACAUCAAUACCAAGGCUAACAACAACAAAUGCAACUGUUUCUUCAAAUGCUUCAUCUACUCAAACUAGAGUAGAUUCUAAUAAUUCUUCCUCUGGUAAUGAUGAUACUGCAAUAAUAAUAGAUUUUAAUAAACCAUCAAUUUCAACUGCAACAUAUCAGGCACAUGAUACAAAUCAGGUGGUUGCUGGUACUAGAAAGAAAGAAAUUAAUUGGAAUAGAAAGAAAGGAAUUUUGGCCCUAAAAUGUCAACAAAUAUAUGAAGAAUUAACACUCAUAUUUCCUGAUGUAGACAAGACUUACAUUAGACAAAUGUGUGAACAAUAUUUAGACAGGGAUAAUGUUCCUUCAACUGAACAGUUAGAUGAGUUAGUUGAACUUAUACUACAAGAUAAAGAAUUACAUUUAGUUAAAACAGAUACUAAACGCACAUGUAAAAAAAAAGAUUUUGAACAAGAUGAGAAAUAUGCAUAUUUGUCAGGCAUCUUUCCUAAUGCAGAUCCUGUAUAUUUAAACAAAUUCUUAGCGCGAACACGUAAUAAUCCCGAUGCAAUAAUAGAGUUUGUACAAACUCAGUGCAAACAUCCUACUUAUCCAACAAAGGAGGAAAAAUUACAAAGGACAAAAAUUACACAACAACAAAUGCAAUACACUACUAAAUUCAAUGUAAAGCAGUUUUUAGAAAUAUUUCCAGAUCCAUUUACACAGUUUGAAAAUCCAAAUAGAAAGAGUACAUAUAAUUCUGAUGCAUUUGAGUUUCUUAAAUUUUAUUUUAGUCAAAUUGAGGUUGCAAUUUUAAAAAAUGUAUAUGAGUCAAAAAUGUAUCACUUAACUGCAACUGCGGAAGAAUUAGAAAAUAUGAGACCUCAGGAAAAUUCAGAUAAAAAUAUGGGUUUGUGGGGAAAAACACAAUCAAUGAAUAUUCCUUUAUUGCAAGAAUGUGCAUUUAUAACACAUAAAAAGCAAAUUAAGGAGUAUCUGGAUAAAUUAAAAGACGAGGAAGCUAAAGAAUUUGAAAAAUUGAAGAAAGGAAACGAACUUUUAGAAUGUCAGUGCUGUUAUAAUGAUGAGUGUGUACCAUCUAAAUGCUCAACAUGCGCUGAUGGCCAUAUAUUUUGUAAUUCAUGUAUUUUAAAAGGAACUGAAUCAAUGUUAGCACAAGGGGAAACACGCAUUUUGUGUUUUACAAAUUGUGAUGAAGAAUUUAGUCUUCCUACUCUUCAGAAGAUAUUAUCACCAACACAGUUUAGUAGUCUUAUAAGUAAGAAGCAAGAAGCAGAAGUAAUGGCUGCUGGAUUAGAAGGUUUAGUUUCCUGUCCAUUUUGUCAUUUUGCAUCUAUACCUCCACCAGAAGACAAAGUCUUUAAAUGUCUUAAUCCCGAGUGUAUGAAGGAAUCGUGUCGAUUCUGUAGAAAGUUAAAUCAUAUACCGCUUAAGUGCUAUGAAGAAGAAUCCGAUAAAGCGCGCUUAUUUGUGGAAGAGAAAAUGACCGAAGCACUUGUGCGUAAAUGUUACAAGUGUUCUCGUCCGUAUUUUAAAGAAGAUGGAUGCAAUAAAAUCACUUGUAGUUGUGGAGCUUUAAUGUGUUAUCUUUGUGACGAAGGAAUUAGAUCAUAUGAACAUUUUAACAAUAAAAAAUGUCCACUUUGGAGCACAACUCCGUUGGUAAAUGCUGCAACAGUUCGUGAAGUUGCUAAAAAAGCCAUAGACCACAUAAAAAAGACAAACCCCAAUGCCACGGUAAACGAAGAUGGACUUAUAGCGUAUCUUCCAGGAACAUCCAAUACUUCUAAUUUAGCAAUCUCGGAACGAGUACGCAAAAUAACACAAUUUGAUAAAUAA